GUUUAUUAUACUUAUUAUACUCCAAUUUUGCUUUCAUAUAAUUAUCAUGGUCAAUAUGGAGUUACUUUUCAGAUUGAUCCUGCAAUUUACGAUUUCAGAAAAAUAUCCCAAUUUGAUAAUCGCAAAUUUCUUCUGGUGCUUUACAAUAAAAAAUACCAAAAAAUUGAAAUCUACUUUGAUAUUGCUCAACGACUAGCAAAAAAUUUUAAAGUGUUCAAAGCGCUAAAUACAGACGAAAAUUUUCUUAUUGCAAUUAACGAACCAAAAGAAUUAAUCGCAAUUUAUAUUACAAAUAAAGCUAUGUUGCAUGUGUUUUCUUUUAAUGAUGGACAAACAUAUUUAUGUCUACGAAAUCAAAAUAUCCAGUUAAAACAAUGGUACAAUAAUAUGGUCCCAAAUCUCCAACAUUUAUUUUUUAUUAAAAAUACUGAAGAACUUUGUUUUGUUGAAAAGGGUGGUCGGGCACGUAUUUUCAAUCUUGUAUAUAAGCAAUUUCGACCUUCGGUUUGCAAUUUUCCAUCAAAUACUGUAAAUGUUUUAAGUUCACCCGAUGGAUCUUGUAUUGUAGCGUUUGUAAAAGAAAAAUUAGAGUAUAAUAA